AUGGCCACAUCCGCUUACGAUUUUGAACAGGAUGCCUUUGGAAUCGCACUUUCAUCUCCUGGUUUAUGCUCGCCUGGCUUGAUGGGCGAUCAAGGUUGGUCCCCUUGUUCUUCAACACACUCAUUUUGCGACAAUAUGUAUGCAGAGGAACAAACUGAAACACAGCGAAAACCAUGCUCAAAGUCCACUACAAAAGAAUCACGUCGUCAUACUUGGGCAUGGCCAAUGCCACCCGUUCGCAUUCCAGUCACACGACCUCUAUCGUUCGGUAACAAAUCCCGUGCAUCUUCCAUCUCUUCGCCGAGACUAGCAAUGGAUCGUGAUGGAAGCAGUACCGGAAGUGUGAGCGGAAAGAGUGAAUCAAGUGCGGUAACCAUUCCUGAUGGAGUCUCUUUGCCAUUCUCACUAAGCCCAAGACGUGCAAUGACCGAUCGGUUCAAUCAACAAAAGAGACACGUUUCUGCACCAGGACCAACAAUGUUCCUAGAUUCAAUCUUUGAUCAAGAUGGUGAUGUUGUGGAAAUUAUUGAUGAUCGUAUGUUUGACGAAUCUCUUCCACUUAUGCCCACCGAUUUGGCACGUAGACCAAGCGGCUGGGACGAUGAAGAGAAAGUCAAGAUGGAUCGUUUACAUGCAAGCUUUUCACUUUUGGGUGUCGAAAGUGGUCCUCGGGCUGGACAUUACUCGUCUUCAUCAUCUGCAAAUAGCACACCCACUACUGUCUCCAACAAUUCUCCUCGUGAAGUGGAAGACGGUCAUUCUCCUACAGCGGGUCUUUGUUUGUUGCAUAUGGCACUCUCACCUGAACAUAGGGCCCCAACACUGGCAGAGCAAAUGGCUUUCGCAAGCGGUUUAGGUAACUUGUGUUCAUGGGCAUCCCCAAUGAAGCAAACAUAUGCAUCUUCUGAUGAUUAUCUUCGCGUUCUUCAACGUCAACAAGAGAACUUCUUUUCAUCGCCAGAAUCCGAUCAUUUGUUUGCUGAUGAAGACAACGUACCUGUUUCGGAUCAAGAGGACCGUAGACAAGCUUCCCGACACAUUCGACAACAAGUUGCAGCUUCUGCAGCCCUUUCGCGAAGCAUGGACUCAUAUCGUCAACCAUUCGAGUAUGAAGUGUCUCCUCGUAGCGAUAACGCAGAGAGCUUCACAGAGGAAGAAGACUACAGCUCUGAAAGUCCAGAAGAAACAGAGAGAAGAGAAAGGUUCAUGAGAUCAACGGCUAGUUCAGGACAAAGCAUCGGCUUACACUCUGCAAUCUCAGCAAGCAGUAGUCCAAUCUUGCAUGGUGCACUUUCUGCCACAACAUUUGACAGUGUUACUGUUGCAUCUUCAACCGUAGCUUCUUCUUCAACUGGCUCGCAAGGAUCAGACGUUGCUUCUCCAUCCACUUGCCCUUCUUCAUUAUCAGAAGGCAUGUCACUAACGCCAACAAUGGUGAAAAGUACAGGUUACGUCAACAAUUUGUCUCCCGUAUUGGCUGAUGAAUUUGCCUAUCUGGCCCAAAAUGAUGCUUUCUUGGCUUCAGCGAUGCCGGAAGGAUAUUCGAUCAUGCAUCCACCCGCAAAGUCCCAUUGGCCUGAUGCAAACGGAUUCAAUGGAAACACUUUAAGCCCUUGCUUGACCACGCCAGAGCUGGGAAUGACAGACAUCCCUUCCCCUAUGGCGCUUGUGCCUUCGCCUUGCAUGGAUUUGAACAGUGUGGAACCAAUGUCUGUUGACAAUAUCGAUGAUUCCCGAGAUGAAACAUUUAGAUUGCCAAUGCCCACUUCUCAAUCAACUACAUCCAUUUUGGAAAGACCACGUCCAAUCCCAAGCAGUUCUUCAAGUUCCUUCUUUGCACAAUGUGAUGUAGUACAUCAACGAAUCAUGACAUCACGUAUGAAACGUGCAAGUAUUGUUUCGCAAAAAGCAUCGAUCGAACUUGCUUCAGACGAUUUUGAUAAGCAAGCCGAAGAAGAUGUGGAUGAUACGAUGGCUGAGGUGUCUUUUGAUGCUGGUCGACCUUCUAUUCCAACUCGAAAGGCCAGUUUGGAAAUGGACGCCUUUUUAUCGGCAAACAAGAUGGGUCCUAGCAUAUCUUUCAAAGAUGAACCUCAUCCACGUAACCUCGUUCAAAACUUUGUUGCCAAGAACGGACAUCCAGGAAUGAGAACAAGCAUGUCAACCGGUUCUUUAGGUCCAAGAGCACUUUCGCAAGUUCGUGAAGCAUGCAGAUUAAAGGCGAAGUAUUUACGAAACGGUCAAUGGGUCACAGAAAGUGCACCACCCGUUCCAAGAGUGCCAAAAGAUCUGCAAGCCGCCAGACCUGAUCUGAGAAAAACUUCUUCUGAACCCAUUAAAUCCGUUUCACAGAACGUUUUGCCUGUCAUGCCAAAGGCUGAAAUGACACCCAAACCGGUAAAAUCGAUGAACGGAUCGCCGAUUAAACAGAUGAGCAAAUCUUCUUCUACAAAUAAUGUUGAACAAAUUCGAAUGCCAACUUUAUUCGUAGCAAGAACGCCAAGUCAACGUAAACGUGGUCAAACGGGUAUUCCGGCUACAGAACCUAAUAAUCUUGCAAUGGCAAAAUUAGGUUUUAAAGUUGAUACACCAACACGUUUUUCAACCGUUCGUGCUCUUUCCGGUCAACAAUUUGACAACAAUUCACGCAGCAGACAAAAAAGUUGUUCUAGUAUGAUGGACGUUUCUACUGAUUCUUUAGAACCUUAUUUAGCAAUGCAACAUGAACAUUGCGCAGGAAGUGCAAAUUCAUCAACAACUUCUUUGAUCGAUCAUGAUUUGCAAGUUGCUGCAGAAUUACAAAAUAGCGUUCAAGGUGGAAUGCCAAAAGGAUUUAUCCUCGUUGUUGAAGAGAAGCAAACCUUUGUUUCGAAUUUGCUUGUCGCUUGA